GACGCCGACGUCUUCCGCGUGCCGCCGGGCUACAAUGCCCCUCAGCAGGUGCACAUCACGCUGGGCGACCAGACGGGCACGGCGAUGACGGUGUCGUGGGUGACGGCGAGCGAGCUGGGCAACGGCACGGUGCGGUACGGCCCGUCGCCGGACAAGAUGGAGAUGACGGCGCAGGGCACGCACACGCGCUACGACUACUUCAACUACACCUCCGGCUUCAUCCACCACUGCGUCCUCAGGAACCUCAAGCAUGGCGUGAAGUACUACUACGCGAUGGGGUUCGGCCACACGGUGCGCACCUUCUCCUUCACCGCCCCUCCCAAGCCCGGCCCCGACGUGCCCUUCAAGUUCGGCCUCAUCGGUGACCUGGGGCAGACGUUCGACUCCAACAGCACGCUGUCGCACUACGAGGCCAACGGCGGCGACGCGGUGCUCUUCGUGGGCGACCUCUCCUACGCCGACGCCUACCCGCUGCACGACAACCGGCGCUGGGACAGCUGGGCGCGCUUCGUGGAGCGCAGCGUGGCGUACCAGCCCUGGAUCUGGACCGCCGGCAACCACGAGCUGGACUACGCGCCGGAGAUCGGCGAGACGGUGCCCUUCAAGCCCUUCACCCGCCGCUACCGCACGCCGUACCGCGCCGCCGGCAGCACGGAGCCGCUCUGGUACUCGGUCAAGGUCGCCUCCGCCCACAUCAUCGUGCUCUCCUCCUACUCCUCCUACGGCAAGUACACGCCGCAGUGGACGUGGCUGUCGGACGAGCUGGGCCGCGUCGACCGCAAGGCCACGCCGUGGCUCAUCGUGCUCAUGCACUCGCCAUGGUACAACAGCAACAACUACCACUACAUGGAGGGGGAGACGAUGCGGGUGCAGUUCGAGAGCUGGCUGGUGGCCGCCAAGGUGGACCUCGUCCUCGCCGGCCACGUCCACUCGUACGAGCGCAGCCGCCGCUUCUCCAACGUCGCCUACAACAUCGUCAACGGCAAGGCCACGCCCGUGCGCGACUUGGACGCGCCCGUCUACGUCACCAUCGGCGACGGCGGCAACAUCGAGGGCAUCGCCAACAACUUCACGGAGCCGCAGCCGUCCUACUCGGCCUUCAGGGAGGCGAGCUUCGGGCACGCGACGCUGGAGAUCAAGAACCGGACGCACGCCUACUACGCGUGGCACCGCAACCACGACGGCGCCAAGGCCACAGCCGACUCCGUCUGGCUCACCAACAGACACCACCUCCCCACCGACGACUCCAAGUGAAGUGGCCGGACGGAUCAUCUGCCCCUUUACUUGAGCAACGUGGGGUUUUUCUUACAUGUUGAUCCAUCUGGCUGCGAUGGGACAGAAAAGAAGACAUCUUGGGCAGCUGCAAAUGGUUGCUACACGGCUGCUUCUUUCAUCUCAUGUCUCCGACAUUGUGAAUCUCUUGAGCUCGAGCCGUAGUUAGUGCAAUUAGUCAUGUAACCUUAAGGGUAAAGCUCUUGCGCGUAGUCUCGCUUGAAAUAAAAUAACAAAAGAGAUUUGGGAGGUUCUUCUCAA